GGUUUUCACUGCUCUUCAUCACCUGUACGGGACUGAACUUCCUAUGACAAUGGCACUGAGAGAAGCCUUCGCUGUCCUUUGCAUCCUUAGUAUUGUGGUCUCUCCCGCCAUAAGUGCGAAUGACACUAAUCCAGUCUGCAAUGCAUUUAAUUCCAGUAAUAUUGCCAGUAGUAAUUCCAGUAGUAAUGGCAAUUUCACGAUUACAGUGUCACCUAGCACUCUGAGUGGGAGCACAGUAUACACAGUUACGGUGAAUGGAAGUGGUAAUGUUUCAGUGAGUUUGCAAGCUAUUUCAAACUCUUCCUCUGUGGGAAAUUGGGCAGCUGCAAAUGGCAGUUGUAAUGGAAGUCUUUCAUAUGUGAACCCAUUUCAGAAUUCAAGUAACACUAUAGUCGCAAACUGGACCUCACCAAAUAAUAUAUCCACAGUUCAAAUAAGCGCUUACAUCACUGGCAAUACAAAUGUUACCAUUUCUAAAUUAUUGGAUAUUGGUAAGUUGUCAUUUAUUUAAAUUUAGUUUUAUUUCGUUCUGGAUUAAAUUAUUAGGUUAAUUAACAAUUAAAGUCAUAUGAGUAUAUAAGUAGCCAGUAAAUUUAAAGGUAGACAAUACGGCAAAUAGAGUGACAUAAACUGAGCUGGAUCUCCUUCAUUAAUAUGCACAUGUGCCAAGAUGCAC